UCAAGUUAGGGUUUUGUCGUUUGGAGUAAAUAUGGAGCGAAAAGAAAAGAAGGGAAAAACAAAAUACGGAAAAAGAAGAACACAAUCAAUUCCUACGGACCUACUCAUAGAGAUACUCUUAAGGCUGCCUGAGAAAUCUGUUGAUAGGUUUAGAUGCGUGUCCAAGUUUUGGUCAUCAAUAAUCAACGACUCAUCUUUUAUCAGCUCGUUUGAAACUCGCCACCCUCGUUCCCAACGGCCUCACCUUCUACUUUGUUUCCAAAACUAUGACGACUUGUAUGUUUCCUCGAUUCCACACCAUACUCACAACUCGAACAGGUCAUACUCUUCUUCUCUGUCUUUUGCUAAUCAUCAUAUGAGCCAACUCCCACAUAUUUAUAGUCAAUUUUCAUCUACCGAAUCUAUCCAUGGCUUGAUCUGCUUCAAGUCAGAAACCCCGAUAGUUUGGAACCCUAGCACGAGAAUGUUCAUAACUUUACCAACUAUACCACAACCUUGUAAGCACUGGGGCACGCCAAGAAUAUUUCUAGGAUAUGAUCCCGUUGAACGUAAACACAAAGUAGUGUGCAUUCCAAGGAAAAGGACUUGUUAUGUGUGCCGAGUUUUUACACUGGGAUCAGCUCAAGAAUCAUGGAGAACGGUCAAGAUUAAUCUUAAGCAUCAGUCUAGAACUCGGCCAGUUGGCCGAUGCAUUCGGGGUGUGAUAUAUUAUAUAGCAUCUACUUGUAAGGGCUCUGACUUUGUUGUAAUGAGCUUUGAUGUCAGAUCUGAAAAGUUCAAUAUGAUAAAACUACCAUCGGGAUUUGAUGGGGAUUUGCUGAUCACUUAUAAGGGAAGGUUAGCUUGUUUCAGUCGAAAGUAUCAUAAUAGAUUCUUGAUUUUGGAGGAUGCGCAGAAGCACAAGUGGUCGAGUCAAAUCUUUUUUACAACUUUGGAUGACUACAGUCUGAGUAAGAUAAAGGGUUUCGACCUAGUAGGUUUCUCUUAUGCUGGUGAGUUUAUUUAUGUACCAGACAUGUUUAGUCAAUUGCCUUAUAUUUUAUUAUGUGAUCCGGUAAGACACAGUUGGAGAAGAUUUGAGUUUAAAAGAGGGGCAGAUGACAAGCGUAGGCUCCUUGCUUUCCCGAAUCACACUGAUAGUCAAAAGUCUUUGUAACAAUUUGUUGCUGGUUUUCUUUUCUUUGUCUUUAGAGUGACACUCUUUAUGUAACCUCGUGAUUUCUUAAUAAAUUUUCU